AUGAAGCUAUUCCUCAAAGCCCACACCUUCUCAUGCAAGGAUCCAAUGAUGCAUGAUUAUCUGGUAAGAAUAGAAGUUAAUCCAAAAGGUCCUUCAGCAGAAUGCGACUGCAGCGGAAAUCCAAUCAACUGUUUUAAGAUUUUUACUUUGGAAUGUGAAGACCAAUACGAAAAGGAAGGAGAUAUCAAGGUAAUUUUAUACCGUAAAAAGAUGUUUGGUAGAAGAAAAGUCGAGGCCGAAGUUUCAUUGCCUUUAAUGGGAUUUGAAGUUGACAGAACAGUCAGAAACGUAUACCCAACAAGCAACCCAGAUUUUACAGCCGAUAUUGAAGUUCAUCUUUCAUCUGUACCUAACGUAAAACCGUUUAGUGUUCCAGCUGGCAAGUAUCAAUUUAGCCUUGCUCCUGCUUUAGCAGGCUCUACAAUACCAGCACCACAAGCAGCCGCUCCUAUGGGAAUGCAACCAUCAAUGCCACAACCAAUGCAACAGCCAACACUUUAUGCUCAGCCAGAGGUUGGUGUUAUGAUUCAAGGACAAAACGUAAGCUACCCAGGCCAAUACGUUUCAGCAGAACAAAUGAAUCCAAUUCCACCACCAAUUCCGCCUGUCGAAGAAAUACCAAACAACCCUUAUGCACAAUCACCCUACAAUCAACCAGCUCCACAAUACUCAUAUGCUCAAAACCCUCAAGAAAAUCCAUAUCAAUGA